AUGGCUUUUAUCAAUGGAAGACAAAUAAUGGAUGUUGUUCUAAUAGCUAAUGAAUCAGUAGAUUCAAGAAACAAACUAAAAAAGGCAGGAAUUAUGUGCAAACUAGACAUUGAGAAGGCAUACGAUCAUGUCAAUUGGAGAUUCUUGCUGAAAAUGUUGGAACUAAUGGGUUUUGGGAAGAAAUGGAUCAAGUGGGUGAGUGUUUUUAUGGAGGGUCUGAACAAUAUGGUCAAAACUGCAAAAACCAAUGGAUGGAUCAAAGGCUUUGAGGUAACAGGAAUUGGAAACAACAACCUGGAGAUUACACAUCUUCAAUAUGCUGAGGACACCCUAAUUAUUUGUGAUGCAAAAGAGGAGCAAUUGAGGUAUUUUAGAAUUAUCCUCAUUUUGUUUGAAGGUAUCUCAGAACUCCACAUCAAUUGGAAAAAGAGCCACCUUUUCCCAAUUAAUGUAGUACCUGAGAUGGAGCAACUGUCACUAAUACUGGGAGGUGCAGUAGGAUCUCUUCCUGCUAUCUAUCUUGGCAUGCCUCUAGGUGCUAAGUCUAAGUCCAGGAGACGUGGAACACAGUCAUUGAAAAAU